GCAGUGGCAUGUCUGAUACAAAACACCCAUGAGGCCUGGAAGCUCCAGCAACUUGUGGGGGUACUAUUCCUGGAUGUGAAAGGAGCAUUUGAUCAUGUCAAUCCAGGCCGACUAGUGAGCCGGCUGAUCGAAUUCGGCUUAGAUGGGGAUUUGAUCCGAUGGGUGCAAUCUUUUCUGACUGACUGAUGGGUUCAAUUGCAAAUUGACAACACACAGUGUCCAGCACACCCAAUCAACUCAGGGGUGCCACAGGGCUCACCUGUAUCACCCAUUCUGUUCAUCAUCUACCUGAGUGGCGUGUUUGACAUGGUUGAGAGGAGUGUGGCUGGCGUCCAGUCUCUUUCUUUUGCAGAUGAUAUAGGUCUGCUAGCCUCAGGACACUCUGUCAAAGAAGUCUGUGACAAACUGCAAAAAGCAGCCAAGGUGGCUAUUGAAUGGGGGCAUGAUAAUGUGGUCCAGUUUGAUGCAGGGAAAACAGAAGCAGUCCUGCUUACUCGCAAAUGGGGCCGGGAGCUGAAAGAUCAGAUCGAACGAGCACGAGUGGAAGUAGAUGGCCACCAUGUGCCCUUCAACCCAGAGGCAACCCGAUGGCUCGGCAUCUGGCUUGAUUCUGGGCUGAAUCUCAAGGCCCACCAUCAGACUUGCAUGCGCAAGGCACGGGCUGCAGAAAACCGGGUACAACGCCUAUGCCAGAGUCAUGGACUCGCUCCAGGACUAGCUCGCCAGGUCCAAGUGGCGGCAGUACAGUCAGUAGCUUUAUACGGAGCAGAGCUCUGGUGGCAGGGCCAGAAAGAUCGACUAGCAGGCAUACAGCUCAUGGUCAAUCGACAGGCCCGUGCUAUUACUGGCAUGUUGAAAUCCACUCCCGUUGGACCACUAGUCCGUGAAGCAGGCCUGGCACCAGCAGAGGCUCUGCUGGAGGCCCGACAACUGAGAUAUACUACCCGGCUGCUCAGUUUACCGGAAAACCACCCGGCUAAGAAGAUACUCCCUGUGAGCUUCCGAGAAGGAGACCAACACACUCAGCCCGGGGAGCAGAGCCCAGCUCGACAAUUAGCCAACAUCCUACCAGCGGACCCAUCUGAGGGCUUUGAAAGCACGAUACAGACAGCCAGUAGCCAUCACUCCAGGACUAGCAAUCUGGUCAGAUGGAUCAAGAUUGGAGAAUGGCAGGUGCGGAGUGGGACUUGCGUGAGGUCUUUGACGCAGAGCUUCUUGGAGCUGUUCAAGCACUCCAAACAGCAGAGAAAGCAGGAGAUCAGAGACCAGUCACUAUAUUGCUGGACUCCCAAGCCGCCAUUGCGAGACUGCGACAUACCCAGCCAGGGCCAGGCCAAGCAUUAGCAAUCCAAGCACAUGCUAUAGCCAAGAGACUACAAGCCCAAGGUCAUCAACUCACCGUCCAGUGGGUUCCGGGACACGCAGGAGUAGAAGGAAAUGAGAAAGCUGACCAGGCGGCAAAGCAGGCAGCCAAUAAGCCUCCAGGAAAAGGCCCAAGAGAGAUCUCUCUGGCCUUUGCCUGUAGAGCCCGAACAGAAGCUGUUACAACACAGAAGCAGAGAUGGCUCACUAAGGAGCUCAGCCAACGAUCCCAACAAGGUCAACGAAUGUACAGGC